AUGCGCCCUCGGGAUCCACGCUUUGAUGAGACCAGUGGCUCGUAUGACGUGGAUGGAUUUACGAAAGCAUAUGCCUUCUUGGAGGAGUACCGUACUGAAGAGUUGGAGAAACUAAAGGAAGCCAAGCAGAAGCUAAACACAAAGAAGAGGAGAAAGGAUCCUGAUGCAGCGCGUAAAGAGGAAGAGUUGACUAAAGAGAUCAAGUGCAGAAUUCAGCAGGACAAGCAAAGGAAGCAUCUUGGAGAGCUCCGCGCGGCAGAGCUCAGCCUGAAAUCAAAGGAGAGAGAGAAGGUGAAGACCACUGGCAAGGUUCCUUUCUUCCAUGGUCGCAAGGAAGCCAGGAAACUCAUUGCCCAAUCCAAGAAGGAGAAGAAGGGCAGCUCCACAAGAGACAAAGCUGAGGAGCGCAGGGAGCAGAAACGCGCAGCGAAAGAGAAGAAACUGCUUCCUACCAGACGUUGA